AUGCCAAACAUUGCAAACUUGGAUUUUGAACCCCUAAGUGUAAAGGGUGAUAACUACUUGCAGUGGGCUUUAGACAUUGAAAUCUCUCUCGGAGCCAAAGGCUUAGAGGAUUGUAUUGUUGAAGGAAAUGAAUCAAGUAAGAAAGACAAUGCUAAAGCCCUCAUGAUGAUUCGCCAUCACAUUGAGGAGAGCUUGAAAGCUCAAUAUCUCACAGUGAACAAUCCAUACGAGUUAUGGAAAGAGUUAAAAUCGAGAUAUGAUCACCAAAAGACUGUGAUUCUUCCGGAAGCCAUUUAUGAAUGGACUCAUCUCAGGAUUCAAGACUUUAAGCAGAAAGGGUUCAAGACCUACAGUGCCCUCAUAGCUUGUCUAUUGCUUGCAGAACAGAAUAAUGAGUUGCUUAUGAAGAAUAAUGACCUGAGACCACCCGGAACCAAACAUGUUCCUGAUGCACAUCAUGCCUCAAAAGAAACUAAGAACAACUCCGAAGCUAACCAUGUCCAACAUGACCAAAGGGGUCGUGGUUCCUCAUUUGGAAGAGGUCGCGGCCGUGGAGGUCAGUGGCGAGGACGUGGACGUGGUGGCUAUGGGAGAGGGCGUUACAACCCUUAUGAGCGCCCAAACCAGUUCAGCAAUGGGCGUGGUAGAGGCAGAGGUAGUGGGUCGACUUCUCGACAACAAAAUUCAGGAAACUCAGUGUGUCAUAGGUGCGGAGUAUCUAACCAUUGGGCAAAGAACUGCCAAACCCCUAAGCAUCUGGUUGAUCUCUAUCAAGAGAGCAUCAAAGGCAAGAACCUGGAGGCUCACAUGGUGUACAAGGAUGGCGAGGAAGACUUUGAUCAUGACAAGGAUGAUCUCAUGGACUAUGAGACUUCAGACAUUCUGAAAAAUGACCAAGUUGAUUAA